AUGGCUAAGGAAAUAGGUAAAGAAGUGGCGGAAGAUGCAGGUCAAUUGACCCAAAACUUACAAAAACAAGUUUCCAACUUGUCAAAUACCCCGUACCCGGCUUGGGUUUUCGCUUCAUUGCUAUUAUUCAAGGGAAUAAGUCACCAAAAACCAAUUGAAUCAAUCAGCGGGUCCUCUGGCGGGUCUUACCAAUUUGCCAAAUCUUUGGCCGGGUCCAAGCCUUCGAGGGCCUCUUGUUUCACCUUUGGCUUGACCCAUUUGUUGGGAGGUUGGAUUAUCUUUGAUGGAGAUGUUUUAAACGGUGCUGGAUUCAACUUUGCUUGGUCUUCCUUGUAUCUCAUAGUUAACGGGACAAGUAGUAUUAAGAGUAUUGCCGGAGGAAGAGUGAGUCCCUUGGGGUUAUCAUUAUUGGCACUUGGUAACGCUGGUAUUUACGGCAAGAAGUUUUUUUGGCCUUCUGACGUAUCAAAUGGUAUUUAA